UAGCCACACCACGCUCUUUCUUCCUCUGCUUCAUCUUCUUCAUCUCGCGCGAAAGCCAAAAACCCAAUACAGCACAAUGAUGACAGCCUCAUCAACAUCGCUAAUUCAGCGCGUCUGCGCCGUUCCUCUCGCACGCGCGGCCCGCACUAGUGCCAUGGUAGCGGCGAGCAUGAACAUGUCCACCACCUCCACCACCACCACCACCACUACCACCGCUCCCUCCCUAGCCAAACGGGCCGACCCCCAAGUCCUCCUAGGCUUGUCGGAACCGGAGCUCCAGCAGCUCGCAAUCGACUUCAGUCAGCAAGGCUACAGAGGGAAGCAGCUCCAUCAUCUUAUUUACAAAAGAAAGAUUAAAGAUAUUCAGGACUUCAAUCAGGUGCCUCUGGCAUUCAGAAAUGAGCUUGAGGAAGCUGGAUGGAAAGUUGGGAGGUCACCCAUUUACCAGAGCGUCACUGCUGCUGAUGGCACUGUCAAGUUGUUGAUAAAGUUGGAGGAUAACAGAUUGAUUGAAACUGUUGGCAUACCAGUUAAAGAUGAGAAAGGUGUGAUGCGCCUUACAGCGUGUGUCUCAUCACAGGUGGGAUGCCCUCUUCGUUGCUCUUUUUGUGCCACGGGAAAAGGAGGAUUUUCAAGAAACCUCAAGAGGCAUGAAAUUGUUGAGCAGGUUUUGGCUAUUGAGGAAAUCUUCAACCAUAGGGUGACUAAUGUGGUGUUCAUGGGAAUGGGUGAACCAAUGAUGAACCUGAAGGCGGUUCUUGAAGCACAUCAGUGUUUAAACAAGGAUAUUCAAAUUGGGCAAAGAAUGAUCACAAUUUCUACAGUGGGGGUUCCGAAUACAAUUAAAAAGCUGGCAUCUCACAAACUUCAGUCGACAUUGGCUGUCAGCCUGCAUGCUCCCAACCAGAAGCUGAGGGAAACAAUUGUGCCAAGUGCAAAAGCAUACCCUCUGAGUGCACUGAUGAGGGAUUGCAGGGACUAUUUCGCUGAAACCGGUAGACGGGUUUCCCUUGAGUAUGCACUCUUAGCUGGAGUCAAUGAUGCAGUAGACCACGCAGUAGAACUUGCAGAGCUACUCCAUGAGUGGGGACGAGGUUCUCAUGUGAACCUGAUACCAUUUAAUCCAAUAGAAGGCUCUGAGUAUAAACGUCCGUCCAAGAAAGCAGUACAAGCAUUUGCAGCUGCUUUGGAGAACAAUAAAGUAACGGUCAGCACACGUCAAACAAGGGGCUUGGAUGCAGAUGCAGCUUGUGGUCAGCUAAGAAACAAGUUCCAGAAGAGUCCUUUGCCCGUUGACUCUGAUAACUUUCAAACUGAUGAAGAUGCUGCAGUUGCAGUUGCAUGUUGACGUCGUUGUCAACUGUUUGCUCCUCUGUGCGGUGGGCUGUACGUCACACAUUGCGUGUUCUUGCCCCUUCAUCUCUAAGAACUUGUUAGAAGUGUUGUUCGAAGUUGGGGGUGGUCUGCAUCAUCGACUUUUGCUACUGGUGGAGCUAUAUUUUCCCUAUAUGAAGUGUGUUGGUGCGGAAACCAACUUUCUCCUGUACAGAUUCGGAGGGUUGGGGAGAAAUGUUCCGCGUCUCUGAUAACGCAGUGAUGUUGGUUAUCUACGGCUCGCGAAGGCACAAGUUUAUAGCUCUUUCUCCUCCUUCUCAUGGAUUUACUAAAAGAUGGAAGGUGGUCAUUUUGCAGUUGUAGACAGACUGGCUUAGUUUCUCUGUAUAAACUUAAACAUAGAUUUGUAUCGUCAUACCGAUCUUCCCUAUUUCAAUUUUUUUUUUUCGGGUUUUUGUUUUGAUUUGUUUUUCUUUCCCCUGCCAUAACACCAAUUUGUCGUCUUUAUGUUCUACAAAAUA